AUGGAGAGAGACGUUUUCUACAGGAGGGCGAAGAGCGACGGCUUCCGGGCACGGAGUGCGUACAAGCUGCUGGAGAUCCUGCACUCGCACGAGGCCCUGCGCGCAAAAAGCAUCAGCCGAGUCGUUGACUUGUGCGCUGCCCCUGGGAGCUGGAGCCAGGUCGUGAAGCAAGAGUUCCCGCACGCGAAGCUUGUUGCCGUGGACCUGCAGGAUAUUGAGCCUGUGGGCGACGCAGUCGUGAUAAAGGGCGACAUCACAGAGAAAGCGACCAUUGAGAAAAUUGUGAAAAUAUUCCCCGAGAAAGUUGAUCUGAUACUCUGCGACGGUGCCCCUGAAGUGACGGGCCUCCACGAUUUGGACGAGUACUUCCACUCGGCGCUGAUACAGGCCUCCUGCGGGGUGUGCGUGUCUCUUUUGGAGAAUUCGGGGUUUUUUGUCGUUAAGGUUUUCACGGGGGAGGCACCAGACGUGCUUCUUGCGGAGCUGCAGGAGUACUUUGAGAGUGUUUCCCUGUUCAAGCCCAAAAGCAGCAGGUACAAAAGCAAGGAGGCGUUUGCCAUAUGCACGGGCGUAAAGUGCAGGCCCUCACCCACCACUUAG